UGUAGUACUCUGAUGGCUGUAGCUGUAACUGUUGUUUAGUUUUACACAAAAAUAUAUAUAAAUUAGUUUAUAGUUGUUGUUUUGUGUCUUUUUCGGACGUCUAAUUUCUGUUUCUAACGAACGCGAGUAAAUAAUAAUUAUAGUAAUAAUAAUAAUAAUAUAAUUUUUAUAAAUAUCAACAAGUUAGUCGGAGCAAGUGGAGUGAAGAGUGAUUGAAUUGUUGGCGGAAAGGUUAUAUAUUAACUUUGUGAGAAGACUCUACUCUGAGGACUUUAAAAUGGAAAAAAUAAGUAGAGUGGGUUAUUAAGAGGGAUGGACGUCAAAAUGGUGAAAUUAAUAAUUAAUAAGUCCGACCCGCUGUGACCCCGAUUGUUGUUGUUAUUUGUUUUAAUUUGGUUUUUUUUUUCCCCCGUCAAGAUUCCAGCAAAUUUUGUGAACCGCCUCCCGCUCAAAAAAUUAACCACUAGACACUUGAACCCUCAAAACAAAAUCCAAAAAAAUGAUAAGCCUGAAGAAACUGUACCGCGAGGAUCUCCUCCAACUGGCACUGCUCCUUUCCAUCCUCCGAGUUGACCCGGAGAGCUACCUGGGAAUCGACAUUCAGAACAUCGGAGUGGGCCUGUUGGACCUGAACAAUGGCUCGGGAUGGCACACUGACUCCCAGACGAUCGCAAUCCACCGGCCGACCUUUCUUCACCCCAAAAAUCCUGACUCGAUGCUCUUCAACUACGAGCGCGACAUCUUCGAGGAACUCAACUCACUUGGCAGGUAUAACUCGCGCCUGGACGACGACCCCGGGUCGCUCACUCAGAGGAACAGUAUUCAUGCUUACCUCCUUAAUGUUGAGGACUCGGGGAAGAAUGCCACAGCCAACGAUCGCAGCGAUCCUCAUAGGAACGCUACUAAUGCCGAUGUAGAUGUCGCUCAAACUCCAAGUGAAUCUGCUGCUACUAGUGAACUCACUCAGGAGGAUAUGGAUCUUAUCGAGGUCCUUUGGAAGCAGGAUGUCGACCUGGGCUUCACAAUGGCGGACGUUGAACGCGCUAAAACUGAAUCCUCGAGUUCUCAAGAGAAAAAAGUUGAUUUUGAGGUUCAGAAGCUCAAAACCGAGGCUGUGACUAAGAAAGAGAAAGAAGAAAUAAAAGACGAAAAAGACGACAAUCCAUGGGCGGGUCUGUCAUAUACAGUUGACGUAGAAACCGGCGAAUAUAUUCUAGAAAAUCCGAGUUUAGAAGGAACCAGUGGGGAAAGUGGCUCAGAGCCUGGACCUUCGUUGGAUGACCCCGAGAUCGGACUCGAGGACUCUUUGGGCCUGAGCAAUAAUUUUGGGCUCGAGGAUGACUUUCCGUCGGAACUUUUGAGCGAUAGCCUGCUCGCUAGCGCGGGAGUCGACGGAUUGCUCUGCAACGACUCGCUUGGGCUUCCCGACGGGUUCAACCUUGAGGAGGCCCUGCAGCUUGUGGGACUCAAUGAGCAGCCGGAGGAAAAAGAACUGAAGAAACGCGACCGAGGAGGCUUGAGAGUGCGAAAUCAAGACGAGUUGUCCUCAACCUCCCCAACUCCCUCAACUUCGACCUCAACCUCCAUUUUGAGCUCCAAUUCGAUCCUCGAGGACGCCGAAAUCGACGAAAUGAUGCACACGCAGCAGUACCACCCUCACUCUCACUCUCACCCUCACCUUCACCCCCAUCGGCACUACCAGAGCCGAGUAGCAUAUGGCCGACCAAUGGGCGCCGACCAACGAUGGCCACCGGGGGAACUAUUCCUAUCACUUCCCAGUGCGACAGACUUUGGACAUCCAUCACAUCCCGGGUAUCCAGGACACGGCUUGAACUCAACUCAUCAUUACGAGAUGCAGCGUAAUGUUGUUCUCAACAAUGCUACUCUACCUCUACCGGUUGGCGACUAUAAUUCAACGGGCCCAUUUCAAAAUAUUGGACCAUCGAAUUUAGGAUCAGCUGUAGCGACCUCAAUGAACCUGACAAACAGCUCAGAGCCAAUUGGGACCGACACAAAUGGGCCUUACAAGCCAGAGCCACACGACAUAAACUACACUCAUUAUUCACACAAUCCACUUUCAUCGGAGGGAAAUUUAAACCCCGACGGGUUGUUUUCCAACAUCCUCGAUGACACCAAUUUGCAGCUGAUGGAUUUUAAUGAUGAUGGAAUGUACGGAUGCAUGAGAAAUUGGGACACAAGCAACAAUGGUACCCAAAACAGUACCACACUUGCGCCGCAAGCAAGCACCGCUCCAGCAGUCACAAAUUUGACUGGCGCGAUCACCGAUGAGCGUCUGGAUACCUCCAGUGACAGCGCGGUCAGCAGCAUGGGCAGCGAAAGAGUUCCGUCUUUGUCCGACGGCGAGUGGAUGGAGACCGGAAGCAAUUCCAGCCACACGCAGGCCGAUUCUCAUUAUUCUAUGGAUUACGCGAGCAAGUACCGAAUGCAGUAUGAGUGUAACUACACAGUGAAUGGCAGGACUGGUAACCGGUGUCCGGCGGAUAGAAUACCUCCGGUGGCGCAGAAGAAGCACCAGAUGUUUGGUAAAAGAUAUCUUCAAGACCAUGGGACCGGGUCUCCGCUGGGUCACCAUGGUCAUGGGCCGCCUAUUAAGUACGAGUAUGAUCCUCAGGCAGUUGCUGCAGGUCCUGCGCAUGCUUACAGUCCCUUAGAUGGCGCUGCUGGUCCUGAAAUGAAGUUUAGUUGCAGUGUAGACUUUGCGAGACAAUUGCACCAUGUACCUGGAAGAACUGCUUUAGAGCAUAUUCAUCACAACCACACGUAUCAUCUACCUCCGGACAGUUCGGGCGCUAUGCGACCUCUAGCGAGGGACAAAAAAAUGCGCAAAAGCGAGUCAGAAGAUCAACAUUUAACGCGUGACGAAAAGAAAGCGCGACAACACAACGUCCCGAUUUCGGUCCACGACAUAAUAAACCUACCAAUGGACGAGUUCAACGAGCGAAUGAGCAAGUACGACCUCAGUGAAACUCAAGUGAGUCUGAUCCGCGAUAUAAGGCGCCGCGGAAAGAACAAAGUAGCCGCCCAGAACUGCCGCAAGAGGAAGCUGGACCAGAUCAUGACCCUCGCGGAUCAGGUCAAGGAGAUGAAGGACCGGAAAAUGAGGUUGCUCAGCGAGAGGGACUACAUGCUGAGAGAGAGGCAGAGGGUUAAGGAAAAAUUCGGGCAGCUUUACAGACACGUUUUCCAGUCUCUCCGAGAUUCGGAUGGAAAUCAGUACAAUCAUCACGAGUACUCACUCCAGCAAGCCGCAGACGGAAAUUUCCACCUUGUCCGUAGGAACCAGGUCCUUCAACAACAUCACAAUCACAAUCACAAUCAGACGGGGCCCUAUCCACGGCAAUCAAUGGACCCAAAAACAAAACCGGACCCCGAAUGCAAAGAAUGAAACUUUUUUUAAAUAAAUAAAAUUUUUUUAAAGCUUAAAAAAUUUUCUAAUAAUUAAUUAAAAAAUUAAUUAAUUGAGAUCUCGGUGACGGUUAAUCCGCAAUUAUAUUAUUCAAAUUGAUCGACACCAAAUUUAAAUUAAUUAUUUAAUGUCUACUUAAUGUACAGGUGUCUAAUUAUAAGAAAAUUUAUUAAUUA